AUGUACGAGCAGCUUCCGGUCCCUUUCGGCCUUGUCAGGUUCGGGGUUGCUCCAGAUCAUCCAGAGAAUGUCCAAGACACCUUCCAAGCUAUCGCCGCGUCCCCGGAAUUCACGUUCAUCGGGAACGUCAACCUGGGCCACGACCUCCCCCUCCCGCUUCUCGCUAGACACUAUGAUGCCAUAGUCUUCGCAUACGGUGCCUCGAAAGACCGCAAAAUUGGCCUCGAGGGAGAAGACAAACCUCAUAUCUACUCCGCCCGCGCUUUCGUGGGUUGGUAUAAUGGCCUCCCCGAAUAUCGCAAUCUCAACCCCGACUUGACAGCCGGAGACACCGCGGUGGUCGUGGGGCAGGGAAACGUGGCGUUGGAUGUUGCCAGGACGCUGCUGAGCAGGGUCGAUGUGCUGAGCAGAACCGACAUCACCGAAUACGCAUUAGAUGCGCUUGCCCAGAGCAAGAUCAAGCAUGUUCACGUCGUGGGUCGACGGGGUCCCAUGCAGGCGGCAUUCACCAUCAAGGAAGUGCGAGAGCUUCUACACCUCGAAGACGUCAAUUUCCGCCCCAUCCCCAAUCAUCUGUUCCCGCCGGACCUGUCAAAACUGCCCCGCCCGAAACGACGACUCAUGGAACUUCUGAAAAAGGGGAGUCCGCUGAAGGACAGCGCCCCCAAAUCGUGGUCCCUGGAUUUUCUGCUCGCACCGACCUCGCUGAAAUGGUCCGAUGCAGACCCUGAUAGACUGGAUGGAGUGGUGUUCUCGAAGACGAAGCUCGAGAAUCCCGCCGAUCCAGAGUCGAAAGUCAGUGCGACGGAUGAGACGCAGCUGAUCCCCACGUCGACGCUGUUUCGGUCGAUCGGAUAUAAGGCCGAAGCGAUUCCCGGUAUGGCAGAGCUGGGCGUUGACUUCGACGAGCGGAAAGGAACGAUCCGUCACGACGGAAUGGGGCGAGUUGUGCCCAUGGGCGAUUCCUCCGGGCACGAGGCUUCGAGCAUUUACUGCUCGGGUUGGGUGAAGCGCGGGCCGACCGGCGUGAUCGCCAGCACCAUGACCGACGCGUUCCAGACCGCGGAAUCCAUCGUCGCGGACUGGAAGAACAAGGCUCAAAGGCUGACGGAAGCAUCGGCGCAGGGUCGUCGAGAUGGGUGGAAGGGCGUCCAGGCCGACGCCGCCAUGUCCGGCCUGCCACUGAGACCGGUCCACUGGGAUAACUGGCAGCGGAUCGACCAGGUGGAGAAGCAGCUGGGCAAACAAAAGGGAAAGCCGCGCGAGAAGUUCGGCAGUGUUCAGGAGAUGUUGGGCGUGAGCGGUGACUGA